GUCUCAACAUCUGGCCUUCUGCUUGCCACCUGGCACCCACCGUUCCUGUCCUGAAUCUCUCAAUCGCGAUCGGUGUGCCUUCAAUUCGCUCAACUCUCCCCAGUCUUACAUAUCCGACCGCAGUACUGCCUCUCAGGCAGUCGCCAAAUGACCACCAUGGCUCUUCGCCGCCCGUUCACUCUUCCCCGGCAAUUGUUGCGACCGGCAACUCGCGCCUCGUUCAAUUACUUCCACGAACAGAGACACGGCCUUGCAACAGCAGUUCCUCCAGUCACUCAAGAUGCGACCGGCUCUAAGGGCCCCACGGCCAUGGUCUUCCUCAACAUGGGAGGACCCUCAACAACCGGCGAAGUCGAAGACUUCCUCAGCAGAUUAUUUGCCGACGGCGACUUGAUCCCCCUGGGUCGACUACAGUCAUAUCUCGGACCGCUGAUCGCAAAGCGAAGAACGCCUAAGAUCCAGAAGCAGUACGCGGAGAUCGGCGGAGGCUCGCCGAUCCGGAAGUGGUCGGAGUAUCAGUGUGAGGAGAUGUGCAAGCUGCUGGAUAAGAUCAACCCGGAGACUGCCCCCCACAAGCCAUACGUCGCUUUCCGCUACGCCGCGCCUUUGACCGAGUCGAUGUAUGCGCAAUUGCUACAGGAUGGAUUCGGCAACGGUAAAGGUGGACGGGCCGUGGCCUUCUCGCAGUAUCCGCAAUACUCCUGCUCGACCACGGGCAGCUCCUUGAACGAGCUGUGGAAGUGGAGGAACCGCCUGGAAGGACCGCGGGCGAAUGGCGACGCGCAGCCGGCUGGUGCCAUCCAGUGGAGCGUGAUCGACCGGUGGCCCACGCACCCGGGACUGGUUGAGGCUUUCGCGAAGAACAUUGAAGAUCAGUUGAAGACCUAUCCCGCAGACAAGCGAGACGGCGUUGUUCUCCUGUUCUCGGCCCACAGUCUCCCCAUGAGUGUUGUGAACCGAGGUGACCCCUACCCGGCAGAAGUUGCUGCGACUGUGCAUGCAGUCAUGCAGCGACUCAAGUUCAGUAACCCUUACCGACUGUGCUGGCAGUCUCAGGUCGGACCGAAGGCUUGGCUGGGAGCACAGACGAGUGAUACGGUGCAGGAAUAUGUGAAGCGGGGUCAGACCGACAUUGUUCUAGUCCCUAUUGCUUUCACCAGCGACCACAUUGAAACCCUCUACGAGCUGGAUCUCGAAGUGAUGGAGGAGGCCAAUCACCCGGGAGUGAAGCGUGCGGAGAGCUUGAAUGGUAGCCCCAUCUUCAUCCAAGCUCUGGCGGACGUUGCCCAGGAGCAUCUGCGCAAGGGGGAGCCCUGCUCGCUGCAGAUGACUCUGCGUUGUCAGGGCUGCAAGAGUGAGCGAUGCUUGGAACAGAAGAAGUUCUUUGCUGGCGAGCGUGCUUCCUCUCUGGUUCUUUAGAAAAAUGCACAGUGCUUUAGAUGGCAGGCAGGCAGGCAAGCAGGCAGGCAGGCGUUUAACAGUUCUUUUAUUCUUUUCUGAAUUUUUUCGGAUUACCUCGGUGAUUUGGAAACGGUUUCUGGUUGCUGUAUUGUCGAGCAAAAGAGGAUAAUUGAGUGUACAUUAGUAUUAUUUCCAGGAAAGUCGGAGAGUCGGAGCUCCGAGACCGACGGUUUGAGUUCUUAUCGGGCCUCGAAUCGCCUUCCAGAUUCCCUGC